AUGUUUCUGCGUGAAAUCUCGAAGUUUUUUUGCUGGCUAUCACCUCUCCCUGCCGCAAAGAGGAUAAAGUGGGAAUUGGAAUAUCUAGAGAGGGACCCUCCCAGUUCCUGUUCGGCUGGUCUGAUUGAUGACAAUAUAUAUUACUGGAAAGGAACAAUUAUGGGCCCUUCACACACCCCCUACGCCGGAGGGGUAUUCCUUCUGAGCAUCGAGUUUUCUUCCGACUAUCCAUUCAGGCCUCCCAAAGUCGCGUUCAUGACGAGAGUGUAUCUUCCCAACAUCAACUGCAACGGAGCAAUCGCUUUAAACAUCUUAAGAGACGAGUGGAGUCCUGCAUUGACAAUUGCAAAAGUUCUACCGUCAAUAUGCUGGUUCUUAGAUAACCCCAAUCCGGACAACCCUCUCGUGCCAGAAAUUGCUCACAUUUAUAAAAUGGAUCAUCAACGUUACGAAGACACGGCGCGUGAGUGGACAAGGAAGUACGCUCGAUAA